ACGACUUCUGAAGUGAAGGCGGAAGUGCACGGGGGGGGUAAUCAUCUUGCAGGUUGUUGUGCUAGCUUUAGCUUUAGCUUUGUUUUUUAGAGUUUUUAAGUUUGUUCAGAUGUCGGAUAAAGGCGUUAAGCGUCCCGGGGUGGGGGUCGGGGUGCUGGUCACAGACCCAGCCCACCCCGGCUGUGUUCUCCUGGGGAAACGGAGGAGUCCGAUGGGCGCAGGGAAGCAUCAGCUCCCCGGUGGUCACCUGGAGUUCGGAGAGACGUGGGAGGAAUGUGCUCACAGGGAGGUCCUGGAGGAAGCCGGGGUGCAUUUGGUGAACGUCCGCUUCGCGUCUGUGGUGAACUCCAUCAGCCUGGAGGAGCAGUACCACUACGUCACCAUAUUCAUGCAGGGGGUCCUGGACAGGAAGAGGUCGGGAGAGCCGGAGAACCUGGAACCGGAGAAGAACGAAGGAUGGACGUGGACGCGCUGGGACCAGUUUCCUCCAGAGCAGCAGCUGUUCCUGCCACUGGCCGAUGUGAGACAACAAGGCUUCCAACCGUUCACAGACACUGACACUCAGCAUUGAAACUGCAUGGUACUUACAAAACGUAUCCUUCCCCAAAAUAAACACACCUUCUACACCUUGUUUUCUGUAGUUGGAGCAGAUAGCUGCCUGUCCUCAGACCCCAUGGUGCAAACUGUCAUUUCUCCCAACUGCUGUUACAUUGAAAAGUUUGUAUUUUUUAUAUAAGAAAUUAAACUAAGAAAAUGAUGCCACGAAUAAAACACGCAUGGACAAAAGUAAAAUAUUACACAUUCAAA